AUGACUACCAGAAUCAAGUUACCGUACUACGCGGUUGAUUUGCCUUGCCAACUGCCUACCGAAGCUGAAAUUGAUGAGGCUCCCGAUAUUGCCGAGCAGUACGGAGCACGGAAGGUCGUUGCAAUUGAGCCCUAUUUUGUGGUGAAGUUUGGAAUGGGUAUAGACCUGCUCGAGGGAGAGAACAUGAUAUUUGUCCGUGAGAGCACGAGUAUAUGUGUCCCUCGAGUCUAUGCGCUUUAUACAAGCACGAAUACUGGGAAGAAGUACAUCGUCAUGGAACGGAUUCCUGGUGAGACCCUUUUGUUAUCAUGGUCCCGGCUGGGCCUUUCGGAAAAGGAGUCAGUCGUUACUACGCUGCGUCGAUACUUUAUCGAGCUACGACAGCUUCCGCCGCCCAGCUAUUACGGUAGUCUGGGCAAACGCCCUCUCCUCGACGGAAUAUUCUGGACACAGAAGCCAGAGCCGGCCAUCAAUGGCCCGUUCACCUCCAACGAGGACCUCAUCGAAGGGAUGGCCAGAAAACAUACCCACGACUCUGGGCCUUCAAUCAGAGCGGACUUCCUUCGCCAUUGCCUACCACGUGUCCUCCGUGAUCAGGGCCCAACCUUCACACAUGGUGACUUUCAAAGGAAAAAUAUAAUGCUGAAAAUUAAAGAAGGCGAUGUUGGCGACGAUAACGCCGAACUGCAAGUUGUGGUCCUUGACUGGGAGAAGUCAGGCUGGUAUCCAGCUUACUGGGAGUAUUGCCUAGCUUAUUGCGCCCUACGGUUUGAUAAUGAUUGGUGUCUCUGGGUUGAUAAAGCGCUGGAGCCCUUUAUCUCCGAGGCUGCUUGGCUGUACCAGAUACGUCUGGAGUUGUGGUCUUAG